UGGCGGUCCCGCCCCAGCUCCAGCCGAGGAAGUUUCACAUCGGCACCUACUACAGGUGCGAUCUGGAGAGGGAGGGAGGGGAUUGUGUGACAACUCCUCCCUGCUGCUGCAACGCUGAGUCUGCUGCUUCUUGCACUUCUCUGCCUUCCCUUGCUGUGUGUGUGUGUGUGUUACACCAAAGAUUAUAUCUUUGCUACACACACACAGAGGCAGAGGGAGCAGAUGGUGGAGGUGCCUGCCAUGCAUGCAGGGAGGGAGGAAGUGAUCGCUUAAUCCAGGGGGAUUAGAGGCCAAAGCAGUCUCUCUCCCUCUCUAACCCUCUACACUCAUGAAAGAGAGUGUUCUCGACAAGCAAGAGCCCGGGACUCAGGGAGGGAUCUGCCUGUCUGUGCACAGCUCCAGUGCCGGGUCAUUACAAAUCUUAAACUAGACAGAUUUGGUACAGCAUGUUUGUUGGAACAGCAGGAUAGCGGAAAAGGGCGACAUAUGUUAAGCUGGCAUUUUUCCGGCAUGGUCUGAGCAGAUCUGCUGAAGAACAUGGCUUCAGCUGCCCUGAGCAAGGGGAGUCGACAGGUCCCGAGUCUCUCAGAAGUGGACUCGGAAACCUGCACCAUUGUGUUUAAAAACCAUUGGGCUCAGGUGAUAAAGAUCCUAGAAAGGCACGACCCAGUGAAGAACUCUAAUGCAAGACAUGGCGUUAUUCCUUCUGAUGAAGCAAGUGCGGUCCAGAAUUAUGUUGAGCACAUGAUCUUUCUGCUUAUUGAGGAGCGAGCUGUGGAUGCUGCCAUGGGUCCCAUCCUGGAGUUUGUAGUGACAGAAAACGUCAUGGAGAAACUUUUCCUGUGGAGUCUGCGAAGGGAGUUUACAGACGAAAUGAAAAUCGAGCAAAUCAAAAUGUAUGAGAUGUUGGUCACCCAAUGCCACCAGCCUUUACUGCACCACAAGCCAAUUCUAAAGCCUUUAAUGAUGAUGCUGAGUGCAUGUUCUGGAACUGGCACUCCUGUUGUGGAGACGGAACUGGUUCUAUUGCUUAACCAGUUAUGUUCCAUCCUGGCCAAGGAUCCUUCCAUCCUGGAACUCUUUUUCCAUACCAGUGAAGAUCAGGGAGCAACCAACUUCCUCAUUUUCUCACUCCUGAUUCCUUUCAUUCACCGAGAAGGAGGAGUGGGGCAACAAGCUCGAGAUGCAUUGCUGUUUAUCAUGUCUAUCUCAGCAGAGCGGGCCGUGGCCAGACACAUUGUGGAUAGCACAUAUUUUUGUCCGGUGUUAGCCACAGGAUUGAGUGGUCUCUAUUCUUCCCUGCCCACUAAAUUGGAGGUGAGAUCUGAUGAGUGGCAUUACCUGCAGCGAGAAGACUGGAUGCAUAUCCCGGCACUGGUACAGUUUAUGAACUCCCUGGAGUUCUGUAAUGCGGUAAUCCAGGUGGCUCAUCCCUUGAUACGCAAUCAACUUGUGAACUAUAUCCACAAUGGAUUCCUUGUGCCAGUCAUUGCUCCUGCACUUCAUAAAACAACGGUUGAAGAGGUUAUGACAACAACAGCGUAUUUGGAUCUGUUCCUCCGCAGCAUAUCGGAGCCCGCAAUGUUGCAGACCUUCCUGAGUUUCAUUCUGCUGCAUGAACAUGAGAACGUCUCCAUUCUAGACACACUCGUCAGCCGAAUUAACACACCAUUUCGGUUAUGUGUCGUUUCUCUGGCUCUGUUCCGGUCGCUCAUUAGUCUGAACUGUGAGGAUGUCAUGUUGCAACUGGUCUUGAGGUAUCUAAUACCAUGUAAUCACAUGAUGUUGAGUCAGCGCCAGGCGGUGAGGGAAAGAGACUGCUACUCCGUGUCUGCUGCCAAACUGCUGGCCUUGACACCAGCUUGUUGUAGCUCUGGCAUCAGCCUCAUGCAGGCACAACCAGAAGGUGAAAUUGUCCUGGCAUCGGAUCAAUCACACACAAUCACUGCAGGGUCCGAUGGAACGGUGGCACGCACAGAAAUCCCAGGGGAUUGGGACCGACUCAGAAAACCACUGGAUAUCAGUUACCUGCAGUACCUGUGGGAAGCUCGGGUUAAUAUUACCGCCUGCAUGAGAAAAUGCAGAGUGUGGUCCGCUCCGUACGACGGUGAAAAUCCGGACCCUGAACUUUUUUCCCCAGUCUCGCUAGAAGGCACCAGUAAACUCGGCAGCAAAGCACCAGCAAAAAGCCAGCGCAGUUCCGUCAGCAGGAGGAACCGGUCGAAGAGCAGUUCCCUCAGGGAAAAGGCACAGGUGGACUUGGAAUGGGAUGACAGCUACGAUACUGGAAUGUCUCCUGGGUCCGAUGACGGCUCUUUACAGCCUUUUUUACCUGCCGCGGUUAAACAAGGAACUGUGAAUGAAGCACAACCAACUGCCCCUCCCAAACACAUUCAGGAGAUGAAGAAGAGUGCAUUAAUGCUCAUCAGAGGGUCCUACAUUGAGGAAUCGGAUUUCCACGACGAUGUCAUGGUUUACAGACUUUGUGCGGACAAGGAUGCGCAGGACAACGUUGAAAGUCACGCGCAAAAGGUGAACGCUCGCGAGAGCAGCGCAGAUCAGAAGGCACAGUUGAGCAAUGGGCUUGUGGGUGAGACAACGCAGGGCGCACCAAGGGACCCAGUUUCUGAAAAACAAAGUCUUGCGAGUGCCAACCCUGAGCAGGGCACAGAAAUGGAGCAUUCUGGACAGGGACCUGCCCAUGGAGAUCAGAACCAGGAAGAUGGCGUUAACAUCGAGUCCAAAGGGUCCAACCUGAGCAUGGAGACUGAAGAUUUCCUCUCUCAGUAUCAUGACCUUCUUGCAAAACUAAACUAUAACCCAAAUGAAUUGGUUGCAUUGAACCUCAACACUUCUGAACCCAGCACUCCGACAGAAGAUGAAGAUGAUUUUGAGAAGUUCACUGCGGCACCACAUUCUGACAACCUAACUUUCCCAUUUGGUCCAAAAGCUCACCUAAUGUUUUCCCAUAACCCAGCUCGGAUACAUGGUGCUCCAUUUACAGGACCAUUCAUUAGCGUUUUGUUGUCAAAGACGGAGAAUAUGUUGGAAAAUGAAUUACAUGUCAACUUGCUGCUCACCGGGAUUAUUACACAACUGGCUUGCUAUCCACAACCCCUGCUCCGUUCGUUCUUGCUCAACACUAACAUGGUCUUUCAACCCAGUGUUCGCUCACUUUAUCAGGUGCUGGCAUCUGUAAAAAAUAGUAUUGAGCACUUUGCAUCCACAAGGGAAAACUUCACCUCAUUUAUAACCCAUUCUCAUGAACAUCUGCUCACUCGGGUUGGAAUCCCUUCGUCACAAAAAGAACUAGCCGACAAAGAAAGUGAAUAUAAGACACCAAGUAGUGCCCAAAAUCCACAACAACUUUUGAAUAGUUUCAGCAAGACAGUGAUGCCUUCCGGUGUGAAAAGUGCAAUCAACGCUGCAGUUAUCUUCACUGAAUUUCUUAAGGAACUUGCAGCAAUUGCACAAGAACAUUCCAUCUUAUCUCAUUCUGCUCUUGCGGACUGUGAAGAAUAGUUAAUUCGGUUGAAGAAAUGUUUAAUACAUAUGAAGCAUUUUCUUUUUAACUUUUUUUCCCCAAAACAAAAUAUAUUUCUACCAUGCCUUAACUCAAAACGGAACGGGAUAGCAGGAAUGGGGAAAGAGUGGAACUAUUUUAUCUCACCAAAAUGAGAAAAAACUUUGGAACUUUUAUGCGAGUACCGUGAGCUCACUACUGUUUUUUAAAUGUAGUCACCUUAUUUUUGGAAUAGGCACAAGUAUAAUUGUUUCUCUAUGCAAGAUGUACAUGAAUUGUUCGGGGGACAAAAUAUUUUAAAUAUUUAAAGAUGGGUAUUGUAUUUUUGAGUAUAUUUAAAUAACAAAUCCACAUACAUCUGGCAGUUUGUGAAAUUAAAAUGUGCACAUCUAUGAUGCAAAUCUUCUAACAUUAACAGUCUGCAACAUUACAUGGCAUAAAUAAAACACCAAAGAGCAAAUGUGUGGAUAAUGAGACUGUCUGCCUUUAAGACGCUAAAAAAAAAUCAAUCUGUUCACUUGAUUGAUAUUCUCUUUUUUUUUAAUCAACUUUAAAUCACAUGUGGCAUUUCAUGACAAUUUUUAGGCAAAUAUGAUACAAAAGUUGAGAAUGACUAUUAGCAGCAGAAAAGUAACAACCACAAACAAAGGCAUGAAUUUAAUGUGGCUGGCCUGAUAUUGUUUCUGUAAGAUAAAAAAAAAAGUGCCGUAUUGGCAGAAUUUGAGAGAGAAUUUAUUGUUGGUGUUGAAGUUACCUUGAGAUUAUAUCAGGAAAAAAAAUUGAAAAACAAUAGAAUUAUAAAAAAUAUUUAAAUAUACAAGUCUUAAGUAGUUCUGGGUUUAUAAAAUGAAAAUAUUUUUAUUGCAUCCUGAUGCUUCUCCAUAAAUGAGGGUUAUUGGUAUUUAUAAAUAAGCAGAGAAGUUUCUCCUGAAGAGCAAGAUAACUUAUUAAAAUAUUCUCUGGUUCAAUAAAAA